AGGAAGGAGAGAGAUUUUGAAAAUAUUAGGAAGGCAAUUCUUUAUGAACUACCCGUUGUAUUCCAUUGUACGUACUCGUUCUUGGCCGUUUAAAAAUAUGGAUUGACUGUACUAUGUGAAAAACAUCUCGGGCUAAUUUUAGAUUAGAUGGAUUAAUUAUAGAUGAAAUAGAUAAUAUUUCCACUUAUUGAUACGGUCAUCGUAUUUCUCGGGUCAUAAGUUCUUAACCCUUUGGGUCCGGGCGACGAGAAUUCUUGUCCUGAGACAUUGUGCACUGAAUAUCUUUAAAAAGCAUGAUCUUUUGGUUAUUUACUGCUACGGAUUGUAUGAAUAUUUGAGCUUAGAAUAUUCGUGCAGUCAAGAUCUCAAUGGGAUCUUGUCCUGAUCGAUUAGAAAAAUCGUCGUGUGACGACAUGAUCACUUGGUACUAGAGGAGUUCCAGCAUUUCUCUAAAUUUUUUUUUCUCUAUUUAAAAUCAUGACUGUUUGUGUACUGCUCGUUUUCUUUGUUGACAAAAACAUGGUUUUUGUACGUUAUAUUUUGUUUGUGUUUUGUCGUUGAUGCAACCUACAUUUUUAUAUUGGCAAGAAGAAAAGCUACUUUUUCUUUUAUCUAGCGUCUGUUCUCUUUCGCCUUAAGAAAAUAAGAGAAAAGGCAAAAAGUGGGUAUAUGUUUGUGCACGUAUAGAAGAGAGUAAGCAGGAUAUAUAAGUGUGUGUUUGCUUAGAUAAAUGACGAUGGCACUAUCAUUAUCAUACUUGUUGUCGACCAAAACACCUUUUUUUUGUUCAGGUCUUUUCUCUUAUUUUUCAGAUGUCAUCGGCUGAUUAAAUAGCUUCGAAUGUUAAAGUUAAAUAUACUCAAAUCUUUAUCAACAAUGAAUGGCGUAAAGCAACAAAUGGAAAAGCAUUUUCUGUCAUCAAUCCAAGUAUACGAGAAGAAAUCUGUCAAGUAGAAGAAGGCAUUAGAGUAUGAAUCUCUAUAUGUUCUUCAUUGGUUCAUUAUCUAUUGUGAUUUUUAGGCUAAUGUUGAUAUAAAACAGUUGAAGCUGCUCAAACAGCUUUUGAUAUUGAAUCACCAUGACAUAAAUUAGAUUCUCUUUCUUUCUCUCAACAUAAGUCAAUAUGUAGAAAGUGGAAACACUUAACAAUGGUAAACUAUUAGGACAGACUAAAGGUGAAAUAUUUUUCUCAGUUGAUUGUAUUGAAACCAGCUGAACAAACACCACUUAGUGCACUUUAUUGUGCUGCUCUUAUCAAAGAGGCUCGCUUUCCACCAGAUGUUAUCAACAUCAUACCAGGUGAUGGGCCUGAAUGUGGUUAUGCAAUUGCUGUUCAUGCACAUAUUGAUAAAGUAGCUUGUACUAGUUCAGUUGAAGUUGAAAAGAAAAUACACGAAGCAGCAACUAAAUCAAAUCUUAAAUGUGUUAUACUUGAACUUGAAUGUGGUGGUGAAGGAGUUGAUAAUAAAGAUUAUUUUAUCAAAGCAACUAUUUUUAGUGAUGUAAAACAUGAUAUGCAAAUUACCGGUGAAGAGCUGCUAAAAGAAGGUUUCCAAUAUGAUUCACCAUGGCGUAAGUUAGAUCCUGCUGCACGUGCUCAAUUAAUUCAUAAACUUGCUGAUUUACUUUCACGUGUUGUGGAUUAUUUAGCAGUAAAAAUGUUUUACUCUGUUUAUUUGCAUCCACAUCAUAAAUGA